CCCGCCUCCUCCCAAUCAGAACAAUGGCAAGGGUCCUGAUGGCGAUGACAAAGACAAGGAAGAGAGAAUGGACGACUAAUCCAUCGGCACUGAAGCUUGGGACAAGUUGGGCGACAAGGGAAAGGAUGGCGGUGCUUCUAACGGGGCCAGUGCCAUGGCGGUCGAUUUGGUGCCUCCCCCAGCCCCAUCCUCGCACCCACAGGCCAUGGCUAAGGGUGGGCCAAGCAAUGCUCGUGCCUCUAACUUGCUAUCGCCGCUUGUUCCUUUGGUGCCGGUGGUGCCAGAGGCUCAUCCUAAGGGCAUCCCAGCGUCAUGCGAGGGCUCUGGUCUCACGGUGCAGCUCUCCCAGUCCCCGCUGUCGAUGAGCGUGGGUGGCAGCUCUCCCUCCAAUGUGCUCAACAAGACGCUGCCGCUCACACCGGCGCCGACCACUGGUAAGGCUUUCAAUCUACCUCCUGAAGAUCAUGCAAACAUUGGCUGGGCUAGCCAUGCGUCGUGGGAAUUCAGCAAGAGCAACUCUGGCGGCCAAGUUAAUAAGACGACGGGCCGCAAGCAGGCGUCCAGGGCAGUGCCAGUUCUGGAGGGUACGGGCGCGCCGAAAACUCCCCGUCCGGUGGUGAUGGCUCUCGCCUCGCCUCAUCUUGCCUCUGGGACUGGGGGAGGGGAGCGCUCCACCCCUCCCUCCGGUGACCCGCUACGCGACAAGGUGGCGGUUGUGGCGCUUAUCUCCAAGGCCAAGCGUUCCAAGGCGGCUACGGUAGGUCCCCGUCGUUCGAGCGUGAGGCCAAAGGGCCCCAAGGGCUAUCUCUCCUCUCUCGAACGUGCGCAGCUGCUGACAGCAGAGAAGAACCUCAAGCUCACAGCAAUGGGCUCCGCUGGGGAGGCGUCAAGACGCUGAAUGCCAGCAGGUGGCGAUGGCUAAGCUCCGUCAGAUCAACAGCAUCGCCAGAUCUUCCAUGUCGCCUCUUAGGGUAGUUGCGACUUUUAGUGUGCUGAGCAUCAGUGCUCUGUUCGGGCUGAUCGCCCUGUAAGCUGACUAUUUCUAUCUGGUUGUGUGAACCUUUUCGUAUGACUAUUUCUAUCUGGUUGUGUGAACCUAUUCUUACCAUCUGUUCUAUGUACUCUGCCUGUUGUGUGGGCUUCGUUCUACAUACUGUAAAUCAAUCCCAAUGUGUCUUAAAUGUGUUGAUUUGAAAUAUUUUGCAUGAAAAAAUACAUGAAGUUUAAUGGCGAGGAGA